GUUAUGUUAAGAAUAAACUCGUGUAAAUAUUUAUUUUAUUUUUAAAAUGGUUUUAUUAAAGAAAACUGAUGUUGAUUUGUUUAUUGCUAAUUCUAACAAGAUUAUUCGAUCUAAUUUAAACAAUUACACGGAUGUCCAAGUGACCAUUCCUUAUGAUGUUAAAAAUAUAACUUCCCUAGAAGUUUCAGCUUCUCAAGAGUAUAUUUUAGUAUCAACGGAAAAUAAACAAAUUGUUAUAUACGACAAGGACUUUAAAGUGAUUAAACAAUUUGUAGUUAAUCGUUCUCCAAGUAAAGCAUGUUUUACACCUUCAAAUGAUGUAGUAGUAGCUGAUAAAACUGGUGAUGUGUAUUUAUACAAACUACAGGAUGAAGACAACAAACCAGUGAUGCUGUUGGGGCAUUUAAGUGUUGUUUUGGAUAUUAUUAUUAGUAAAUGUGGGAAAUAUAUAAUUACUAGUGAUAGGGAUGAAAAAAUCAGGGUGUCCCAUUUUCCAAAUUGCUAUAAUAUAGUCAGUUAUUGUUUAGGACACACCGAGUUUGUUACAAAGAUUGACAUUAUUGAUAAUAUAUUAGUGUCAGCUUCUGGAGAUGGUACAAUAAGGUUUUGGGACUUCAUGAAAGGAAAGCAGUUGGCUCUGAUAGAUACAAAUUCAUAUAUUGAAGAAGACAAUUUGUUGCAAAAUUUUUGUGAGGAAAUGAAUAAAGAAAAGGUUGAAAUUAUUGCUCUUCCUAUUACUGAUAUGCAGUUACAUCUUGAUAAAAAAUUAUAUGUAGCUGUGUCAAUUUAUAAAUAUGAUUAUAUACAGUUGUAUUCAGUAGACUUAUCAAAUUUUAAUUCAUCACUUGUUAAAACUUUAAAAGUGUUAUCACCUUUUAGCUUUUGUUUUGAAAAUAAUUUAUUUGUUUUAAGUGAUAGGCUUUCCAAAUAUACUUUAGUUGAUAAUAAUUUUGUUGAGAGUAUUGAACCUUUAUUUGAUGAACUAUAUCAAAAGUAUAAAAGUUUAUUACAAUUUGCUGAUAGUAAUGCUGUGGCAGUUCUUUAUAAAAGAAAAUAUGACAAUGUUCAAGAAUAUUUAGAAAGAAAAAAGCAAAGGUUAUGAUAAUAAAAUGUUUUAUAAUCUUUUUGUGUUUAUCAUUGUUCCCCAUUAUCAUAUAAACAGC